GAUCCAGGGGCUGCAGUCUUGUUGGGCUUCUUUGUCUUUGAGCAGAGACCCAGAAAUGACUUGUGGACUUGGUUUGGGGAUCUUGGUGGUUUUCUUGGUUCAAGCAGAGCUUGUAUGUUGUCUCUGGACUAAAGGAGCUCAGAGCUUCCAGAACAGCAACACAUAUGUUGGCUUCCAACCAGAUGGCAGCCUGAUCAAGUCUGGCAGUUAUCCCCAGAAUCAAGUCAGACAAGGCUUUUCUCCACACUCUGUCCAGAGCAGGAGCUUCAACGCUGGUCCUGCAGUUGCCAGUGGUUCUGGUCCAGGACUCUCCACUAGGAGCUCAACACAAGUUGUUUCCCAGCCAGCCCAGAGUUCAGUCAGAUUGGUGAAAAGCAGCUCUGUAUUGAAGGCCAACAAGCAAAGGCCAUUCUCACUCGGGUCUGCUGCUCCACAAGGAGCAAGGCAGUCGUUUGCUGGUGGACCUUCAGUGAUUCAGACCCAGAAGAACCCCUCUAUCAGCAGUAGAAGUUGGCCCACUCAACAGGGAACACAGCGUUUCAGCAAGUAUCCAUCCAGCAGCUCUCGCUCUCUUCAGGCUUCUAGGGGAAGCUACUCCUUCAGAUCAGUUUCUCCUCAGUCUGCGGCACAGGCACCUCCCAGGACUGCUGCUAAAACGUCUUCCCACAACAGCAAGACUGGUUCCUCUGCCAUCCUGUUUGACCCAGCUGCUCCUGGACAACGUGGGCGCUCUGUACAGACGCAGACCAACGCUCGUGGUCCUGCUAAAAGGGUGUUCUCAAAUCGUAGGUCUGAAGGACAGAAGGCCAGGAGGCUCUCUCCUCAGACCCAGCCUUGGAAACCCACUCUGGGUCACCAAAUGGGAUCCAGACCCAAAAGCUGGCUGCCCACCUACAAAACCAGCCAUAAUCUGGCUGUCCCCAGGAGCAGCACCAUGGGAGCUCCUGGUCAGGGUUUUGCCUCUGCUGCAGUUUACGAGAUCCCUGAGAACUUUGGUGGCUUUGCUAUCAGACGGCUGAAACCACCUUCUGACCAGAACCAACUGACUGUUCAGAAGAAACGUUUUCAGAUCCCUACAGCUGCUCCUCAAUGGAUGGUGCCGUCCACUUCCUAUGUCCAAAAGGUUCAUCCUGAGGCCAGGUGGACUAGAAUCAAGCUGCGUUAGCCUGUGGGUUUUUUUUUUUCCCUUCAACCUUCUUACUUAAAAGUGGUGGUUUGUAUAUUUUUAAGUACAUAAAUAAAAGAUUCAUUUU